ACGUAACACUGCGUACAACCAGCAAACAUAAUAAAAACCACAUGAGUUUUAAUUGUUGAAAUAUAUUCUUACAGUUAUAUCUACCAAAUUUUGCAUUGUUUCUUUUUUGUUUGAACAUUGUUUAGUCAAUAAUUCAAAUAUGUUUUCAAUCAACGUUAUGAGCCAAACAUGCAGACGUAUGACCCGGCUUUCUUCUGUUAGAUUUAACUCUGGUGCAGUCACUGAGACAACUGCUAUUGAAAAGACAAUAAAUCAGGUUCAAUUGUUGGGAAGAGUUGGUGCUGAUCCACAAAAACGUGGAAGUGAACAACAUCCAGUUGUUGUAUUUUCAUUGGCAACACAUACAAACUACAAAACUGAUGGAGAACUCACACAGAAAACAGAUUGGCACAGAGUAUGUGUUUUUAAGCCAAAUUUACGUGAAGCUAUUUACCAACAUUUAACAAAAGGUCAACGAGUUAUGGUUAAUGGUCGUUUGAGUUAUGGUGAAAUUAAAGAUGAUUCAGGAAUGACAAAACCUACAACAGCAAUUAUUGCUGAUGAUAUUGUAUUUUUCCAACGUAAUUAAAUUAUUUUAUUAAAUAUAAAUUCAUAUUCAUUCGCACUAAGCUCUAUAUGUAUAAAGUUUUCGAUGUAAGGUUUUGACUUUCUUCAGUUGGUUACAAA